CCGCGCCCUCCACCAUGUCGCGCCCCGCUCGCAUACUGGACAAUGCGCUUGGCGCUGUCGGUAACACGCCUCUGAUCCGGCUGGACAAGAUAGCAAAGCAUGAGGGCCUGAAGUGCAAUCUCUUGGGCAAGGUCGAAUACAUGUCGGCCGGUGGAUCUGUGAAGGAUCGAAUCGCGAAGGCGAUGGUGGAAGCCGCGGAGCGAGAAGGGAAAUUGAUUCCGGGAAAGAGCGUGGUGAUCGAGCCAACCUCUGGCAACACAGGCAUUGGACUCGCCAUGGCGUGCGCGAUCAAAGGGUAUUCCGUAAUUAUCACCCUUCCCAACAAGAUGUCCCUGGAGAAAGAGGCUGCUCUCCGCGCCCUCGGAGCAGAAGUCGUCCGCACGCCGACCGAAGCCUCAUGGGACUCGCCCGAGUCCCACAUAGGCGUCGCUGAGCGACUUCAGCGAGAAAUACCCCAUGCCAUAAUCCUGGACCAGUAUCGUAACGUGAACAACCCGCUGGCCCACGAGCUCACGACAGGGCCAGAGAUCAUCGAUGCCGUGGUCUUCACACCCUCCACCGUGGAGAAGCCAUCGUCCCAGAAGGUCGAUGUCCUCGUAGCAGGCGCCGGGACCGGCGGUACGAUUACCGGGCUCUCGCGUGCAGUCAAGAAGGCACAUAAUCCAAGGUCCGUCAUAGUCGGCGUCGAUCCCAAAGGUAGCAUCCUUGCCCAACCCGAGACGCUAAAUGACGAAGACCGCGGGAUCUCUUACAUCGUCGAAGGCAUUGGCUAUGACUUUAUCCCCGACGUUCUUUCCAGAGUUGAGGGUGACAUCGAUGAGUGGGUGAAGACUUCCGACGAGGAAGCAUUCGCUGCUGUGCGCCUCCUGAUGAGACACGAGGGCCUUCUCGUUGGUGGCUCUUCUGGCUCCGCUCUCAGCGGCGCUCUCCACUGGCUGAAGACGGAGAAGGGGCGCAAGAUCGCGGAGACUACCGGACUCAACGUUGUGGUCAUAUUGCCGGACGGCAUCCGGAACUACAUGAGCAAGCCGUGGUUCUUGAAAAUGACGUUGGAGGCCGAGAGAUCGCCGUUAGCAGAUCAGAUCUCGAAGAUUUUGAAGCCUACAUCGUCGGAUCUCUGCGCGGACGCUCCAGAGCGGAUCGCCGACGGCAUUUCGGAGGGAAUGCAAAGCGGCCUAUAAGAUGCAUCUGUAGGUUUUUGGGAAUUUAGAUCAUUAAACACUAUAGAGCCUGCGAACGCUUCGCGAUCGCAUGGGGCAUGUCCAGAGCUGUGUAUUCGUGUGUUCCUUCGUAGAUGGUUCUUGUAGAACAUAUUUGUGCAUGCAUGCGCUAUACCGUUGGAGACCAUCUCACC